GCGAGACCGGAAGUUGCGUGUCACACCCCCGCGCCAGCCUCCCAGACCCGGUUGAGGCCGCGGCGGACUGCCCUUCCCCAAGAUGGCGUCGAAGGUGGGUUCGCGACGGUGGCUACUGCAGCUGCUCAUGCAGUUGGGCUCGGUGUUGCUCACACGCUGCCCCUUCUGGGGCUGCUUCAGCCAGCUCAUGCUGUACGCCGAGAGGGCCGAGGCGCGCCGGAAGCCCGACAUACCAGUGCCCUACCUGUACUUCGACAUGGGGGCGGCCGUGCUGUGCGCCAGCUUCAUGUCCUUCGGGGUGAAGCGGCGCUGGUUCGCGCUGGGGGCCGCCCUGCAGCUGGCCGUCAGCACCUACGCCGCCUACGUCGGGGGCUACGUCCACUACGGGGACUGGCUGAAGGUCCGUAUGUACUCACGCACAGUUGCCAUCAUUGGCGGAUUCCUUGUGCUGGCUAGCGGUGCUGGGGAGCUCUACCGUCGGAAACCCCGCAGCCGUUCCCUCCAGUCCACGGGCCAGGUCUUCCUGGGCAUCUACCUCAUCUGUGUGGCCUACUCACUGCAGCACAGCAAGGAGGACCGGCUGGCGUAUCUGAACCAUCUACCAGGAGGGGAGCUCAUGAUCCAGCUGUUCUUCCUGCUGUACGGCAUCCUGGCCCUCGCCUUCCUGUCUGGCUACUACGUGACCCUGGCUGCCCAGAUCCUGGCUGUCCUGCUGCCCCCGGUCAUGCUGCUCAUUGACGGCAAUGUUGCCUACUGGCACAACACACGGCGUGUGGAGUUCUGGAACCAGAUGAAGCUCCUUGGAGAGAGUGUGGGCAUCUUUGGGGCCGCUGUCAUCCUAGCCACUGAUGGCUGAGUUGCACUGGGAGAAGCUGAAAUGGGUGCAGGGAGCCACUGAGGGUCACCCUACCUUUCUUGCUGGCCCGGUUAUGUUUAUUUAUGCUUUUUGGUCUGUUUGUUUGAUUCUUUGCUCUGUGUGUGUAUGUGGGUGUGUUGGUAAGAGACAGGUCUGUUCCCCAAUUCCUGGGCUCAGCUUGAUGGGGGAGCCCUGAUGAUGAUGCCUUACAGGGUUUUUCUCCCUUUGUUAGGAGGAGAGCUGAGGCCAGAGAAGAGAGUAAAGCAGCACUAGGGUAGGAGUUCUGGGUGUGGGAGACAGGAAGGAAGACCUAAGAACUGGAAGAGAGCAAAAGUGAAAAAUUCCUUUUGAACUGGCAGAUGCAGCGAGGCUAUGCGAACGAGAGGCUAUGCGAACGAGUAUGCGCGCUGACAAGUGGAUCAGGCCCUGGAGGAGCAGAGGGGCUGGUCGCCACAGAAGUCACAUGGGUUCUCAGGAUGUGCCAGGGGCAGAAAUAACACUAGUUUGAGAGCAGAGCAGGCCACAGUCUACUCGGGUGUGAAGGGGUGGGCAGCGGCCAACUUCCCGCUUCCUGCCUUCUGUUUCCAGCUCCAUGGAUGGCCUGGUGGGGGUGAGUGCCCUCCCAAACACCAGACCACACAGUCCUCCAAAAAUAAACAUUUUAUACAGA